CAAUUCUAAACGACUCUUCGUUAGAGAUUGGUCGAGUGUCACGAGAAGAGCUUCUAUUUUUGGUUGGGUAAUAAUGAGCUGGGUAAGACCCGAGCAACCGACGAUUCCUACCGUUUGGUACACAUUCCAGGCGAAAAACGUCGACAGUGACCGGUUAGUGAAUUAUCGUGUUGAGGAUCUAACCGAGGAUCGCUAUGAAGACGUGGUUAGGCAUAUGUCUGAACAUUUCCUGACAGACGAACCACUGUGCCAAAGUAAAAAUGUUUUUGAAGAUGAAGUGGCAAAGGCGGAAAUGCUAGCUUUCUGGUGGUGGUGCCUCGCCGGAAAGAUGACCAUCGUAUGCUUCCGGGAAGGAUCGGACGAGAUUGUCGGGGUGAAUCUGCUGUAUGUCAAGGGAACUGAAAAGCCCGCAGUCAUAAACUCAAAAAACGAGAAAAUCCUGUCUCUUGUAACUACUAACAGGUACUCAACGGAACAAUUCAAAGUGUGUGAACGAUAUGGCGUUGAGCGGUACCUGACUGCGUAUGGAUUGGCCAUUGACCGGCGUUAUCGAGGACGAGGCAUCGCAACAGAAAUGCUUAAGGCCCGUGUCCCCAUUUGCCGGGCGUUUGGUAUCAAGGUGACUUCAACCAACUUUACGGCCCAUGCUUCUCAGAUCGCAGCAUCCAAAGCAGGAUUCAAGGUGGACUUCGAAAUGACGUUCGAUGACUUUGCAAAAAUGGGCCCAAGAUACUCUUUUCCUGGUAUUAAAUCCAAAAGCGUAAAACUCAUGAGCUUGAAAAUUGAUUAAGAUUUUCUCUAACUGAAAUAUUCUGUACCAACUACGUUUAGAAAUAGUGCACGAGCUGUAUUUCAUACCAAUUCAAAUCCAUUAAACGAAGACGCAGCUAAAAUUACAAUCUUGAUUCAGAGCACUGAAAAUUUGGAA